UGCAAAAGUAUAAAGACAGAUUUAAAUUGUAAAUAACAUGUGAUUCAUGCAUUUGAUUUCUAUCAGCUAAAACUAGGAUUCUCAACAACAACAACAAGUGAAAAAGAAUCUAUUCGCAGAUAUCUUUAAAUUAAGAUGUCAUCAGUUGUCUAUUGAAAAUAACUUUCUUCCCGUAAAUUGUACUCACAUGUGGAGUUUAUUUGAAGAAGCAUUGCUGAGUGCCCAUAGACAGACAGAAUGUGUUAUGAAACCUGAACUCUAUGCCAAAUUUGUUGAGUAUGCUUUUUCAGUACAACCAAAAAUCUCUGAACAAUAUUUUCAUUCUAAAGUCAUCGAGGUGAUUCGUGGAAUGUGUAAAAAUCUUCGAGAAUGCUACACUUUAGAACGGACUUUUGCAGGAUUUAUCCUUGAUGAUAUGAACUGGUGUAAUACCAGUUUAACAGGUGAUAUGCACUAUGGAACUAUUUGUGGUUGCAAUUCAAAAAGUAGAGUUAUUGGAGCUUUCUGGGAUGCAGCUUCUGAAGCGUAUGCGAAAUCAGCGUCUGGUCAUGUUUAUGUGAUACUGAAUGGAUCAGUUGAACGACCAUUUGAUGAAAACAGGACAUUUUCACGUGUCGAACUGCCAUUGUUAAAAUACCCUCAAGUUCACAAUAUAACAGUGAAGUUAGUCCACAGUUUGACGAAUACAGAAUAUUAUCAUACAUGCAAAUCUUUCAAUAUUCUUGAGCUUGCACGGAAAGUGAUGUCACAAAAUAUUGGAUUUGAAUGCAUUGAAGAUCCUGCACAUCUCAGGGAACAUUCAAACUUUAAAGAAGUGACAGUUAGAUUUCAGUUCUCCUCAGUAUUUUACCAAUAACCUUGGAAUGCUAGUCAUUUGCAGUAAAAUCAUAUUGGUAGGUGGUGAAAUCUCCUUACAAAUGGCUGAUACAAUAUUAAGUGUAGUUUCAAAGUUUCUGCACAGCGAUCACUUUCUGGUGUAGUUACAGUUCGAAAAUGAAUUUUUGAAAUUCACACAGUGAAGUAUCAGUUUUACCUAUCAGGUUCAGUGCUUUCCUGAUAAGUCUUACAACUUAGCAUUAAUACGGGUUUAUGGUAUUUCUCUCCCAGCUGUCUUUCAUCACAUGUACUCAUUAGAAGUGUUCCUGGUGUUCCUCAAGGUACUGUUCUUUCUCCUUUUCUGUCUUAUUUUUUCUUACAUGACUU